AUGUUGGCGGUUACUUUUCUUUUUUUUAUAUCCCUUUCGUCUGCACUAAACUUGUUUGCACCAAACAAGUAUAGUAAAGGAGACAAAGUGGAACUUCUAUUGAAUAAAAUAGAGAGCGACCAUACACAAUUACCAUUCCACUAUCACGAUCUUCCAUUUGUCUGCCAUGAUAAAACUAAGAAAGCGAAAAGCAUGCUGUUGGGAGAGAUUUUACGUGGUGAUCGCUUUUGGGAAUCCAACUACAAUCUUGAAUUUAUGAUGGACAGACCUUGUGUUCGCCUCUGCGAUAUGACAACUACUAGAGGGGGUAUCGGUCGGGCGGAUCGCUUAAUUAGAGAUGGUUAUGUUGUCCAUUGGAAUCUUGAUGGUUUGCCUGGAGCCACUACUUUCACCAGCGAAAAUCACAUCUCAAAAUACUACGCUGCAGGCUUUCCUUUGGGAUUCGUUAAAGAUGAUAUUUCCUAUUUGUACAAUCAUGUUACACUAGUUAUUCGCUAUCAUACUGAAAGGGAUGGACAGCACACUAUUGUGGGAUUUGAGGUGUAUCCAAAAAGUGUAAGCGAUCACCAUUGUCCAGGUACAACGAAGGAUUACCAGAAUUACAGACUAAUGUCACUGAAAGAAUCUCAAAAAGAUCUUCCGGAGAAGAAUUUAAUCUCAUAUACAUAUGCUGUCUAUUGGCGUGAAGACAACUCCGUCACCCACGCGAAUAGAUGGGACUUGUACUAUGAAAAUGAUCACAGUGCUGCUAGUCACAAGAUUCACUGGUUCUCCUUAGUAAACCUGUUGGUUCUUGUUUGUCUUGUGACUUUAGUUGUCGCUAUAGUCAUGUUCAGACUUUUGAGAACCGAUUUACAAUCAGGUCCAACUAUACCUAUGUCCCAAGCGGACUUCGAUAUCAAUUCCUCUGGUCUGUGGAAGAAAUUGGUUUAUGAAGUUAUGAAACGCCCGGUAGGUGUCCUUCCAUUAAGCAUAUUGAUAGCUUAUGGCUUGCAAUGUCUAGUCGCCAUGGUUGGCGUCAUGGUGAUUUUCGUUUUAAACUCUAAGCUCACUUUUGGUCAAGGCUCCUCUGCAAACGCUUUCUUCAAUAAUCACCAGGGCGCAUUUUUCACUUGUUCUGUUGUUUUUUUGUUAGCUUCUGGCUUUGUUUCUGCUUACGCCGGUGUUAUCAUUCACAAGAUUUUGUCAAACGAGGAUCCAAAUACGUUGUAUCAACGUCGACGGGUACUCAUUUUGUCCUGCCUUUACUCGGGGAUGUUGCCAUUCACAAUCUUGAUGGUCGUUUUAUUCAUCAACUUGUUCGUUUGGGCCAAAGAAUCUUCGAAUGCCUUGCCUUUCGGAACCAUUGUUGUCCUCAUCCUUUUGUUUGCUAUCAUUGAACUCCCAUUGGGAUUGCUAGGAGGGACUUUAGGGAACAGAGUACAAUUUUCACCCAAAUCAUUCAUUAUGAAGACUCAUAUUCCCGAUAAGACAUCGGUAGCAAAAUCUAGUGGGAACCGUUCCAUCGUGAUGAAUCCAGUGGUCAGUGUUCUUGCAUUUGGUUUGAUUCCCUUCGGCAUUGUGUACGUGGAUCUUUUGUUCAUCUUCAACUCGGUUUGGUUGGAAAAGACCACUUUUUUCUACAUGUACGGAUUCCUUCUUCUGACGGUAACCUUGUUGGUUACCGUUGUUGGAGAAUCUGCAAUUGUGGGAACAUAUCUCUCUUUGGCGAUGUUUAACAAUCCAAACUGGCAAUGGCUAUGCUUCCGGAUUGGCUCAAGUAUUGGAUGGUAUGUUUAUGGUUAUUCAAUAUUCUACUUUGUGUUUCACUUACACAUGAGUGAUUUUGUCAGUGUUUUGAUUUACUUUGCUUACAUGGCACUUGUUUCGUGUUCUCUUGGUAUUACUUGUGGGGCUGUUGGAGUAUUAACAGCAAUGAUGUUUGUCCGUUUAAUUUAUGGGGAAGUAAAGGCAGAUUGA